GUGCUGCGAGUGCGGGGCCUCCCUGUCCCACCAGUACUACGAGAAGGAUGGACGCCUGUACUGCAAGAAGGAUUACUGGGCGCGCUUUGGGGAGCUCUGCCACGGCUGCUCUGAGCAGAUCACCAAGGGUCUGGUCAUGGUGGCUGGGGAGCAGAAGUACCACCCCGAGUGCUUCAGCUGCCUCAACUGCCGCACGUUCAUCGGGGACGGGGACACCUAUGCGCUGGUGGAGCGCUCCAAGCUCUACUGCGGGCACUGCUAUUACCAGAUGGUGGUGACACCGGUCAUCGAGCAGAUCCUGCCGGAUUCGCCAGCGUCCCGCAUCCCGCACACCGUCACGCUCGUCUCCAUCCCCGCCUGCUCCGAUGGCAAACGCGGCUUCUCCGUCUCCAUCGACCAGGGCUGUGGCACCGAGCACCCCCGCACCGUCCGCGUCCGAGAGGUGGUUUGCUGGGACCGUGCCAGCAUGUCCCCGGCCAUCAGGGUGGCNAUCCACGUUGGUGACCGCAUCCUGGAGAUCAACGGCACCCCCAUCGGCCACGUGCCCUUGGACGAGAUCGACCUGUUGAUCCAGGAGACCAGCCGCCUGCUCCAGCUGACCAUCGAGCACGACCCCCACGAGCCCCUUGCCCACGAGUCAGGGCCACUGUCUCACCCGCCACCCCCGUUGGGGGCCCUCCUUGGGGUGUUGACCCUCUGUCCCUCUCUCCAUCCAUCCCAUAGGAGAAGCUGCAGCACGGACAAGUCUCCGGGCUCCAGCUCGGUGGGUUCACCCGCGUCCCAACGCAAGGACAUCGGUCGCUCCGAGUCAUUGCGCGUCGUCUCUCGUGCCCAUCGCAUCUUCCGUCCCUCGGACCUGAUCCACGGCGAGGUGCUGGGCAAGGGCUGCUUCGGCCAGGCCAUUAAGGUGACGCAUCGGGAGACGGGCGAGGUGAUGGUCAUGAAGGAGCUGAUCCGCUUCGACGAGGAGACGCAGAGGACCUUCCUCAAAGAGGUGAAGGUGAUGCGCUGCCUGGAGCACCCCAACGUGCUGAAGUUCAUCGGGGUGCUGUACAAGGAGAAGAGGCUCAACUUCAUCACGGAGUACAUCAAGGGGGGCACCUUGAGGAGCCUCAUCAAGAGCAUGGACAGCCACUACCCCUGGAGCCAGCGGGUCAGCUUCGCCAAGGACAUCGCUGCUGGCAUGGCCUACCUCCACUCCAUGAACAUCAUCCACCGUGACCUCAACUCUCACAACUGCCUCGUGCGGGAGAACAAGAGCGUGGUUGUGGCUGAUUUUGGGCUGGCACGGCUGAUGGUGGAUGAGAAGAACCAGCCUGAACAUCUCAAGAACCUGAAGAAACCAGAUCGCAAGAAGCGGUACACAGUGGUGGGGAACCCAUACUGGAUGGCCCCCGAGAUGAUCAAUGGGAGGAGCUACGAUGAGAAGGUGGACAUCUUCUCCUUCGGCAUCGUCCUGUGCGAGAUCAUCGGCCGGGUGAGCGCCGACCCCGAC